AUGUCGUCAGACGACCUCAAGGCGCACGCUGCGUCUUCCCAGGAUUUCUAUGAGCUGUUGGACCUCCGACCAGCCGCCACCGAAAAGGAGAUAGGAAAUGCCUACCGCCGACGAGCCCUUAAAUUCCACCCCGAUAAAAUCCAAAACCCAACCCCCGCAGACAUCGAAAGAUUCCACCUUCUCCAAGUCGCCAAAGAUGUCCUUACCGACCCUGCAGUUCGGCAGCUCUACGACAAUGCGCGUGAGGCGCGCUUGCGCAAACAGCGCGAGCGCGAUCAGAUGGAUGCGGCGAAGCGCAAAAUGCGCGAGGAUCUGGAAUCUGCUGAGCGGACCGGUGCCGCUGGUAAGCAGGGCUUCAAGCGGUCGUGGGAUAAUUUCAACGACGAUGCGGAAGCCAAACUACAACGAGAAGUCGAGCGGAUCGCCGAGGAUGGACGACGCCGUCGUCGUGAAGCGGCGGAUAAAUUGAAGCAGGAGCUUGAAGAGGAAGAGCUGAAGGCUAAGGAAGAAGAAGAGCAGGCUCGAAAAGAAGCUGAUCGUGGUUCCCAGCGCGUGGACCGGUCCCAGAACGGUGGCGCGAAUGUUCCAACUGUCGAACGGACAAUCAAGGUGCGCUGGCAACGUGAAAGACUUGACCUCGAUACGGAACGAUUGAAAGCGCUGUUUCUUUCAUUUGGGAAGAUUGAGGGCGUAUCUAUGCUUAAGGACAAGCGGAAGCGUGUUGAGGGAAAGCGGGAAAAAGUGACCAUUGCUACUGGCGUGGUUGUCUUUGAAUCUAUCGUGGGCGCCCACGCAGCUGUGUUGGAUAGCGAGAAGAAGCUUCGCCAGGCUGGGGCAGCCAACGGGGACUGGGCUCAUAUCGAAUCUGUCGAUUGGGCAUCUGGAGCCCCUCCGGAUCUCAAGAACGUAACGCCUGGCCAAAGUGCGCCAAACCCGGCUUCUUCUGAGGGACAAGAUGCUCCAGCUAAACAGGAUGGCUCAGUUUCUUCCACCCAGCAAGAUUCUCAGGAAUCAGAGAAGCCUCCGAAGCCGAAAUUCAGCUUUCCUGGUGUUAAUUCGUCCGCCCCGAAAUCCGGGAAGGCACCAUCGUUCGGUUCCUUUGCUUCUGCUGCGGCGUCGUCUGGCAAAGGAACGCCGAGUUUCCAGGAGACUGUUAUGAUGCGACUUAAGAAUGCACAGCGCGAGAAGGAACGAAAGGCUUUGGAGGAACAACUCGCUCGAGAAGACGAGGCUGCGGAUGCGAAUGUGUCCUCAUAG